AUGUGGUGUAGUGAGAGUGGCUGGCAGACUAUCGAAGGCGCAUCGGGACAAUGGGCUGGAGCGUGCGAGUAUCAUCAAAAUCAGCUGCUCAUCGGAGCUGCCACGAUUCUAGUUUCGCCCGUGCUCUUUCUCGUCGCUGUCAAAUUCUUCGCUAGCAUUCGAAAAAAGAACCAAACGCCAUCGGUUCUCCUCUAUCUUCGCCUUUUUGUUUCUGUCGCCUUAGUAAUUCUAUCCUGGUCCGAAUCAAUCCUCUCCGUCAUCGACUAUAACAAAGAUGGCUACGCCGAAGACCUCGCUCUCCUCGGCCCGGUCCUCUACUCCCUCGUACCCUUUUCAACAAUUUUCAUCCUCUGGGAAUCGAAGAAAACGACAAAAGACGGAAAUGGCCUCGUCCUACUCCUCUUCUUCGUCUCCUUCAUCGGCUUCUUCCCGACCUUUAUCACUGCUGGACAUUACUUCAACUCGCCAGAAGCCGUCCACGAUUCUAUCGUCCUGCAACGGUCGUUGAAAUUCGCUGUUUGGCAGGAAACGCUUUUGCUGAUUGGAAUGGUGCUGCAUUUGGUACCGAAUAACCUCAACCCUUGCGCCAAAUAUUCUGAAGCGUCCGAAAACGCUUGGGAAGAAGAAGCUAGUCUUCCGUCCCGAAUUUUCUUCCACUGGUACGGCAGAAUCAUGGGCGUCACAGACAAGCCGCUAGAAAUGGACGAUCUUCCAAAGGUUCCGGAACACCUCAAGUCCGACAAGGAGCACGAUCGAUUCUGCGAGAGCUGGGAAGCUGCAGAAGCAAGUUGGACAUUUAUCGCUCCAAUUAAGAGUAAAAAAGAUGCGCUUCUCGACGAGAAAAAGUCGAAAAUUAAUACCAAGCCAGAAGAUGCUGAAGAAUCUGAUCUUCCAGUCGAAGGAACGAAGGUCAUGCAAAAGGGGCUCUUGAAAGUGAUGGUCAAAGCUUACUGGAAGCCUGCUCUAAUGGCUGCUUGUUUCAAAUUUCUCCACGACGCGCUUUCCUUCAUCAACCCUCAAGUCCUCAAGAUGUUUAUUCGCUGGAUCAGUGUCUGCGCAGAAUCAACGUCGAUCCAAGAGGGAGUUCUUCUGGCGCUCCUGCUUUUUGUCGUUUCGACUGUUCAAACACUCCUGCUUCAUCAGUACUUUUGGGUCGGAAGCAAUGCCGGAUUGAAGGUGAAAAACUCGAUCACCUCGUUUCUCUACCAGAAAUCACUGAACAUUUCUUCUCAAGCGCGUGGAAUGUUCACACACGGAGAAAUUGUCAACAUGAUGACGGUCGACGCACAGAAGUUCCAAGACAUCUUCACUUACAUUCACAUGAUCUGGUCUGGCCCCCUUCAAAUCGGCCUUUCGCUUUACUUUCUCUGGCAAGAGCUCGGCGCCGCGAUCUUUUCCGGAAUUGCCGUGAUGAUCUUACUCAUCCCAGCAAACGCCUUCGUCGGCAAAAAGAUCGGAGAAAUCAUGCGCGCGCUGAUGCAAACCAAGGACAAACGAAUGAAGACCAUUUCCGAGCUUGUAACCGCUAUCAAAACUGUCAAACUCUACGCCUGGGAGGUGUUCUUCGCCUCGUGGAUCGACGAAAUCCGUCAGAAAGAGCUGGACCAAAUGUGGAAACGCGCAAAAGUCGCCGUUUUCAUGUCCCUGACUUGGUCGGUCUCGCCGUUCUUCAUCACUAUCGCUGCUUUUGCCACUUAUGUCCUCAGAGAUCCCGUCAACAACGUCCUCACCCCUGAGAAGGCCUUCGUUUCCAUCAUGUACUUCAAUCUGCUGCGGUUCCCGAUGCAGAUGUUUCCAAUGAUGCUGAUGCAAGUGAUCGAAGCGCGCGUUUCCGUGACCCGUUUGCAGAAUUAUUUCAAUCUUCCAGAACUCAAGGACUCCGAAAAGACUCCUGGAAAGUCGGGAACUGUAAAGAUUGAAAACGGAAGCUUUACUUGGAAGAAAUCCGAAGGAGCGACCCUGGAGGAUAUUUCUAUCGACAUCAAAAAGGGCGAACUCGUCGGCAUAGUUGGACACAUUGGCAGCGGAAAAUCAUCGCUUAUCAGCGCCAUGCUCAACGAAAUGGACCAGCUCGGCGGAUCCGUAGCCUUAGCUGGCACCGUCGCGUAUGUUCCCCAAGAUGCAUGGCUGCAGAAUGCCACGCUCAAGGACAAUAUCAUUUUCGGCAAGCAACUAGACGAAGCUUAUUACAAGAAGUGCGUCGCUGCGGCAUCGCUUCGAGAUGAUCUAGACAUUCUCCAAAGCGGAGAUCAGACGGAAAUCGGCGAGAAAGGAAUCAACCUCUCCGGAGGCCAGAAACAGCGCGUCUCCCUCGCUCGCGCCGCCUAUUCCAAUCCAGACAUCAUUCUCUUCGACGAUCCGUUGUCAGCCGUUGAUCCUCAUGUAGGAAAAGAAAUAUUCACGAAUUUGAUCGGCCGAGAGUCCAUUCUCAAAUCCAAAACGCGAGUUCUAGCGACCCAUGCGACGCAGUUCCUGCCAAUGUGCGACCGUGUUGUUUUGUUGAGCAAAGGAAAGAUUCUUGACAUCGGAAAAUAUGAAGAUAUUUGGGCGCGAAAUCCGGAGUUUCAUAUGAUUCUAAAGGCUGAUUCUUCCGCUACUGAAAAGAAAGCCGAAGAAAUUGAGGCGCCAACGAAGUCGAAGUUGUCGGUCAAGGAGUCGAAAGAUAAAGCACUGGACGGCAAAAUCACGGAGAAGGAAGAGUCAAAAAGCGGAACCAUCGAUUUCAGCGUCCUGAGAAAAUAUCUCGAGGCUUUUGGAAUGUUCCAGUUCUUCUUCGCCAUGCUUAUGAAUACAAUCAGAUACGGCUUCUGGCUCGGCGAGAAUCUUUGGCUGGCUGAUUGGUCCGACAGUACAAAGCCAGCAAAUGGAACCGUCGAAGAGUGUGUCACCAGAUAUCGGCGAGAGACGGAUAUCUUUGAAUCUGCCAAAGAUCUGAUGGUUGAUGAUCCAGAGGAGCCGCUGUCUAUCGGCGUUCGUCUGGGUGUUUACGGAGGAUUCGGUAUUGUUCAAUCCGUGUUUGUCAUUGUCGUCGCUCUCUCCUUCUCCCUUGGUGGCAUCAAAGCCUCUCGAGGUAUCCACGAUCAAGUUAUUCAAUCGAUUCUCCGCUUCCCACUGAGCUUCUACGACAAAACUCCUUCCGGACGAAUCAUCAACAGAGUCGGCAAGGAUAUCGAUGUUGUAGACGCGCAACUGAUCAGAACGCUGGAAAUGUGGACUCAUUGUUUUUUGCGAGUUCUUUUUGGAGUCUUUGCGAUUGUUUCUGGCUCGGUAUGGUACUUGGUCUUUUUGCCUUUCUUUGGAAUCGUCUACUUCAAGAUCCAACGAAUCUUUGUCGCAACCACUCGUCAGCUCAAACGAAUCGAGUCUGUUUCAAAAUCUCCAAUUUACAAUCAUUUCGGCGAGUCGAUUCACGGAGCAUCUACCAUUCGGGCUUAUCGAUACAAGAGUCGCUUCCAGAGCCACAACUUCAAGCUCAUCGAUCAGAAUAAUCAAGCGAAUUACUAUGGCUCUAUAAUUGCUUACCGUUGGCUCGCCGUCCGCCUGGAAAUUCUCUCACAUCUGCUCGUAUUGACUGCGGCUCUAAUCUUCGUGUGGGCUAAGGAACACACCACGGCGGGUAAAGUUGGCUUUGCUCUGUCCACUGCGCUCGGAAUGAGUCAAACACUCAACUGGGCGGUUAGACAAACAUCAGACUUGGAGAAUCACGCCGUGGCGGUGGAGAGGCUGCUGGAGUAUACGGACAAAGAUGAAUUCCCACAUGAAGCGGAAUGGGAAGGAAAAGACAAGCUUUUGGAAAGCUGGCCGGACAAGGGAGAACUCAAGAUGGAAAACUUCUCUCUUCGUUACCGCAAAAACUUGCCCCCAGCUCUUGAUGAUCUCAGCAUCACUAUCAAGGGUGGGGAAAAGAUCGGUAUUUGUGGAAGAACUGGCUCCGGAAAGUCGACUUUUGUCUUGUCACUUUUCCGUCUUGUCGAAGCGGAGGAAAAGUCGAGCUUUAUCAUCGACGGGGUUGAUUGUAGAGAGAUCGGUCUUCAUGACCUCAGAAAGAAGUUGACGAUUAUUCCGCAGGAAGCGACGCUGUUUUCUGCCACUCUUCGAAAGAACUUGGAUCCUUUUGGAGAAUACUCGGAUGCGGACAUUUGGCGAGCGAUCGAGCUAUCUCAUUUGAAGGGAUUUACAGAUACAUUGGCGAAAGGAUUGGAUCACGAAAUUGCUGAAGGUGGUGGAAACUUGAGUGCUGGGCAGAGGCAGUUAGUUUGCCUUGCUAGAGCGCUCUUGAGGAAGACAAAGUUCCUGAUUCUGGAUGAAGCAACAGCUUCAGUCGAUAACGAGACAGAUCAGCUAGUCCAAACGACCAUUAGAAAAGAGUUCAAAGAUUGCACAAUCCUCGCCGUUGCUCACAGAAUUGAUACGAUCGAUGAUUCCGACAAAAUUCUGGUGAUGGACAAAGGAAAAAUCGCCGAGUUUGACAGCCCAACUGCGCUCAAGGCCAUUGACGGUGGAAUCUACAGUGAGCUGUUCAAAGCUUCCGGCAGCCACGAGGCUUCAUCUUAG